CAUCCCCGCUCGCCGGAGACCGUCAAGUUCCGCGGCUUCCACUGUUGUAGUUGACGCGCUAACGACGAACGGCCGCGACAGAUGAAGAAAUCCGCGCUCCCUCUGUUGUGUCGCAUGUUUGGUGACGUGCAAUAAUCGACUCGCUGUGAAGUCUCCGAGGCUGAGGCCUUAAGACUUUUUAAACAUUUUGUCAACGCCCGCUCGUGAAAAAUAGCGUGUGGAUGCUCAGCCUCUGGUGCCCGUUUUGACCGGGUGUAAACCAAUGAAGCACUCCGCCCCGUGAACGAAGCAGCGACGGUCGCAAACGUUAGCCAGCUAGUUAAAGCUACCGCUAGCUGCCAGCGAGGAAGUGAGGAGCGAAAAAAAAAUGACAUCUCGGAGGUGGUUUCAUCCCAACAUCACAGGUGUGGAGGCUGAAAACCUCCUGCUCACACGUGGGGUUGAUGGGAGUUUUUUAGCCCGGCCCAGUAAGAGUAACCCAGGAGACUUCACCCUGUCAGUACGACGAAAUGGAGCCGUCACUCAUAUUAAGAUCCAGAACACAGGAGACUACUACGACCUUUAUGGUGGAGAGAAGUUUGCCACUCUGGCUGAACUGGUGCAGUAUUAUAUGGAACAUCAUGGACAACUGAAGGAGAAAAAUGGAGACGUCAUUGAGCUCAAGUAUCCACUCAACUGUGCGGAUCCCACCUCAGAAAGAUGGUUCCACGGACACUUGUCGGGCAGAGAGGCCGAGAAGCUGCUGACAGAGAAAGGGAAGAAUGGCAGCUUCCUGGUGAGAGAGAGUCAGAGUCAUCCUGGAGACUUUGUCCUGUCUGUUCGUACAGGAGACGAUAAGACGGACAGCAGUGACAGCAAACCCAAAGUAACUCAUGUCAUGAUCCGCUGCCAGCAUGACCUCAAGUACGAUGUGGGUGGAGGCGAGAAGUUUGACUCCCUCACUGACUUGGUAGAGCACUACAAAAAGAACCCUAUGGUGGAAACUCUGGGCACUGUGCUUCAGCUCAAACAGCCUCUCAACACGACUCGCAUUAACGCAGCAGAGAUUGAAAGUCGAGUUCGGGAGCUGAGCAAACUUGCAGAGGCCACAGAUAAAGUCAAACAGGGCUUCUGGGAGGAAUUUGAGACCUUGCAGCAACAAGAGUGCAAGCUGCUCUACAGCCGCAAAGAGGGCCAGAGAGCUGAGAACAAGAACAAGAACAGAUACAAGAACAUUCUGCCAUUCGACCACACGCGCGUGGUGCUGAAUGAUGGGGACAUGAACGAGCCAGGCUCAGACUACAUUAACGCCAAUAUCAUCAUGGUAGUAUCUGCUGUCAUGCCUGAGCUUGACCCAAAGUCUAACAGUACCAAGGUGAAGAAGAGCUACAUUGCCACUCAGGGCUGCUUGCAAAACACCAUCAGUGACUUCUGGAGGAUGGUGUUUCAGGAAAACUCUCGAGUCAUCGUCAUGACCACCAAAGAGGUGGAGAGAGGAAAGAGUAAAUGUGUGAAGUACUGGCCAGAUGUGUCGGCGCUGAAGGAGUACGGUGCCAUGCGUGUUCGCAAUGUCAGAGAGACGGCAGCACACGACUACAUCUUAAGAGAGCUCAAACUGUCUAAAGUUGGACAGGGAAACACAGAACGUACAGUUUGGCAGUAUCACUUCAGGGCCUGGCCGGACCACGGCGUCCCCACUGAUCCUGGUGGUGUACUCGACUUCUUGGAGGAAGUCAACCUGAAGCAGGAGAGCAUACUGGACGCUGGGCCUAUAGCGGUACACUGCAGUGCAGGGAUCGGCCGGACGGGAACGUUUAUAGUGAUCGACAUCCUGAUAGAUGUGAUCAGAGAAAAAGGGGUGGACUGUGACAUUGACGUGCCAAAGACCAUCCAGAUGGUUCGUUCCCAGCGCUCUGGGAUGGUGCAGACUGAGGCGCAGUACAGGUUCAUCUACAUGGCUGUACAGCAUUACAUAGAAACACUGCAGAGACGCAUAGAGGAGGAACAGAAAAGUAAGAUUAAAGGGCGCGAGUACACAAACAUCAAGUACUCCAUGUCUGACCUGACUGGAGGAGAGCAGAGCCCUUUGCCUCCGUGCACUCCUAUUCCUACUCCCACCUGCACAGAGAUGAGGGAGGACAGCUCCAGAGUGUAUGAGAACGUGGGCCUGAUGCAGCAGCAAAAGAGCUACAGAUGAGAUUCACCUUUGACCCCAUUGCUCAGUUCCAGGAUCUUGAUACAGUUUAUUCUCCAGCCACACACCAUGACGCCUGAGACUUGACCGUAAGGACAUGGAACAGUGGAAACACACACACACACACACGAGAGAGAGACUAGACUCCGGGUUCUCCUGUUCUCGCUCAUCUUCCAUGAACAUUUGCCCUCGAGUUUGAAUUGUAAACCACUGUGAUGCUCAGAGGAGCCUCUGAGAAGCCUAACACACUAAAUCCCCGUCUAAACCACAGUCUGGAGUUUAGCCUUUGUAGAUCUCACUUCAACAAGGGCUGCACACAAUGAGCGCUCUCCUCUCCUCUCUCCUGUCUCCUCUCCUGUCUCCUCUCUCCUCUCUCCUCUCCUGUCUCCUCUCUCCUCAGAAGGAGAAAAAGCAGCUCGUCUUUGCUGAUCUCUUUAUAUUUUCUCGUCUUUAUUUUUUUAAUUAACCAAAGGAAAGUUUGAUUGUGUUGCGCAUGGAGGGAAGUGAGGAGUUUGAAAAGGUCUGUGUUCCACUCACACAUUUUCUUCACAUUUCUCAGCCAAUCAAAAGUCUCUUUUUACCCGAUAAGCCUUCAAAUCCAGUGGGAUACGAGACAAAGCUGUUCUAUAGAGCAGUGUAUCUGAAUGAAGAAGUAUUGUCAUCGUUGUAGUGUAACGUCACAUCUGACUUUUUAAACAUUCAUUAUUUGUUGUUGUGCCAGAGCCGCCUUGAAGAGAAAUAUAGAUUUAGGCUGUUCAGGGUGUGACUUAACUUCUUUUAUUGUUUUUGUUUGUUUUUUUACUUCACAUGGGUUUAACAUGCUUUUGUUGUUUGGGAUACACAGUGUCUGUCUGUCUAUCCGUCUGUCUGUCUGUCUGUCUGUCUGUCUGUCUGUCUGUUAACCAUUCCUGAGCUCAAGCCUGAAGUCCUUAAUGCUGCACUUUUAUUUAGCAGCGUAACAGUUACAGUCGAGCUUUGAUUCACCUGCUGGAUUAAUGAAUAAUCUCAUCUGGUGUUAUUACAGGAGUUUGGGGAGUGUUUGAUUUCUGCCCUCCACCUUUAAUACCUGCACUUCUAUGUCAGAGUCGGUGUGAUGACUUGUUCAAAUUUCAGGGGUCUAUUGUUGUAAAUCUCAGUUGCAGGCGUCACCGCAGACUCAUGACUGCCAGAAUAACUUUUGUUUUUAACUUUGUUUAUUUUUUUUAAAGUGCAUAUUACUUUUUUCAUUCUUUCUCGUUCUUUUUAAAGAAAAUUGCCUUUUGUGUACCAUUGCCUAUUUCAAGCACCACAUGUACUUAAGUUUAAGAGUCACUGUUUAAAAGAAAAAAAUCACGCAUCUCUUAACUGCGGCAGGACUGACGGCCAUUGUUGUUGGGCCUGUCACAUGCACACGCGCACAUACACACACACACACACACACACACACACACACACACACCCACACACCUGUCAGGAGCAUAGUGUUUUCUUGGUUUCUGUUUCGAUGAAUCAAACCAUUUAAAGGAGCAGUGUAACAUUUUGGGAAAUUCCCUCAUUCAGUUUCCCUCAGUUAGAUGAGAGGAAGGACACGACUCUCAUGUGUAUGCUAAGUAUGAAGUGAGCCAGCUGGUUAGCUUAGCACAAAGAGGGCGUGACUCUGGAAAAUUAUUUCUGUAAAGAUUGAACAUAGAAAGAUAGAAUGUGUUGACAGACGGUGGGUGAUUGACACGACUCUCUAAGCAUGAGGCCACGCCCAGCAACUGAUUAGUAUAGCAUUUCAUUAAGAAGCACAAAAGAUGGGAACUUUGUCCAACCAAUGAUGUAAUCCACUCACCAGCACGUCCACAGCUCAGUAAAUCCACACAUCAUGUGUCAUUUGUUUAAUCUUAAACAAAUGACACAUACACAUAUAAAACAUGUAGUCCACAUUUGAAACGAGGUUUUCUCAGUUUGCUAAGCGUGGCUAACGGAUAGAUUAUAGCAGUGAAGUACAGGAAAUAGAAAUCCCGUUCAUUUUCAGCAUUAACAUUUGAAAGGUUGACUGUCAGUGAAAUGCUCGCAGAGAAAAUGAUGUUUGUGGAAAAACUGCAUUAGCCGCUAUUCUCGAGCGCUGAUGAUGCUACUUUGGGUUGAGAUGGUUCAGCCCAACACAAGAACAGCAUUACUUCCCUUUCUGAAACACUGCAACACUACAUUGUGACAACACUCAGCAGGAAGUUACUGGAAUGGCAUCAGUUUUACUUUAUACUUUAAUGAAUGUGUUCACAGAAUUUGUUUUCACAAUGUCAUUUUAAGACGAUGAAGACUAUGAUUGUCUUCACUGCUACACUGUUGCCCACCAGCUCUGACUGAGAGUGGUAACCAAUCCAUUUCCCAACAUGUUAACUGUUUCUUUAACUUUCUGGGUCAGUUACGGUAUUUUAAAAACCACGAAUCAUCGCUCUGUGAAGUCUUCUCACUUGUGGAGCCGCUUCAGUUUGUGCACAGUUGCUUUUACCAUGACUCGCCUUGAGAAACCGCAGUCUUGUGAUUGGACGUACUGUAACGGCGCUGACGCAAAAUCUCAGUCCAGAAAGAAAUAAAAAAGGGAAGAAGUGGCUCUUUGUGCCUUUGAGGGGACACUUCUCUACUGCCACUGAUUCAGGAUUCUCUGUAACACUAAUAAUCAUGAAAUCAGUGUUUUUCUUCUUUUCCUCUGACUCUCUGAGCUGCUGCUGCUGCUGCUGCUGCUGCUGCUGCUGCUGCUGCUGCUGCUGCUGCUGCUGCUGCUGCUGCUUCACAGCGAGCGUUCUCUGCAGCUUCAUCCACUGACUGAGUUCAUGAGAUCUUCAGUGUGGUGUUGUGAACACAUGAGUUUGUACUCGUCUUAUGUUUAGUGGAGUGCUGUUUUCGUGUCCUGUGGCGUGUGUGUGUGUGUGUGUGUGAAUGUGCAGUGAGAGUGAGGCUUCCUUAUCAGCCAUAAGUUCUUCUUCAAUACAGUUCUUUUUUCCUCUUCAGAUGAUCAAACUGCUCUUAAUUUAGCAAUGCAGAUGCAUAGAUGUGCCUUCUAUGCAUCUGCCUGUGUAUAUGUGAUGGUAUAACAACACAAAACAGUGCUCUUUAGUUCCCAGCGCCAUUCAAGAACGUGUAACACUUAAAUGUGAAUUCUUUUCAUCCUGAACAUCCCGAACAAAAAGGAAAAAAAAAAAAAACGGUGAUCGCGAUGCAAACAAACUAUAUAUUUUUUAACAUGUAUAUUGUACAUGAUUUCCAGGUAGAGGAGAAUGUACUUACUAAAACAUAUCUACUUGCCAAUAAAGAUAUACUGUAUGUAUAUUCCUACAGCUCUCACAGCUUCAGAGGUUUAUUGUAUGACUUUCCAUGCAGUUAACCGUGUUAACUUCCUCAAUAACAAUAAAUGGCUCGCACAUGCCUCUUUCA